AUGCAUUCAAAACAUGAAAAGCCAUGCUAUUCAGAAAUCCUCAAGUCCAUCCAGAAUUCCGUGUUGCCUACACGAGGCGAGGCUAUAAUGCUGAUAAAUGAUGCAAAAGCAGCAUUUGCUUCAGAGCCAAAUGUUAUUCACAUACAAGCACAGGUCAAUGUCGUUGGCGAUGUCCAUGGCCAGUUCUACGAUCUGUUGAAUAUGCUAGACCUCAUGGGCGAUCCUUCAGCCCAACAGUAUCUCUUUCUUGGAGACUAUGUAGACCGAGGAUACGACUCUGUGGAUCUUAUAUUGCUGCUGUUUGCAUACAAGAUCCUCUAUCCAAAUAGCAUCCACCUUCUUAGAGGAAACCACGAGACACGCAUGCUUUCUGCUGUAUACGGAUUCAGAGACGAGUGUACAAGAAAGUACGACCUUGCAACAUACUGGAGGUUCUGUGAUGCAUUCCAGCACCUUCCAAUCGCUGCCGUUAUCUCUGGAAAAUACUUUUGUGUUCAUGGAGGACUUGUGCCUGGAAUAACAUUGGACUUCAUUAUGAGCAUUGACAGAGUUGGUGAAAUCACGGAGCUAAGCGAUCUGCUAUGGAGCGAUCCCGAUGACGAGCCAGGAUAUAGAAAAAACCCAAGGGGCGCAGGAUAUCUGUUUGGAAAAGACACAGUCGACGAGUUUCUUGCAUCAAACAGGUUUUCUCAUGUUGUAAGAUCACACCAGUUGGUGAACGACGGGUACAAGUCAUUCUUUACAGACAAGCUGUUCACAAUAUGGGGUGCUCCAAAUUAUUGCUACUCCUCAGGGAACGUUGCAUGUGUCAUGGCAAUCAGCCAAAGCGGCCAUGAAUUCAGGAUAUUUGAUAGAUGCAAGCAGCAGUUCAGAGACUCUCCCGUAGGGUGUGACUUCUUUGAUGGCUAA